AUGAAUGAUAAUAGUCCUCAAUCUAAAUCUUCGAUACAAGCAUCAGGUUUAUCCAAUUCUACAUCUAGCCAAGUUCCACAAGUAAAAUAUUCAAACAACCAACAUUCUUCUCAAACAGCUUCCUCGAAUAAUGAUUUACUUGUUUAUAUACCUGAUAUCCCAACAAACAUAUCAGAAAAUGAACUUGAGGAAAUGAUUCAAACUCGUAUGGAUAAAAAUCUACGUAUCAAAAUAAGUGAUAUAAAAUGCUAUUCAAAUCUCGGUGUUGCUGUGAUUCGAUUAAUGAAUGAAGAAGACAAAAAACAUCUUGUUUCUAAUGUUCAAUCAAUGGUUCUCGACGUGAAACAUAAUACAAAUAUAUUGUUCGUUGAUGAGCUCGAUCUCGAUUCUUCUAUAGUACUCGAUCGAAAUAUAUCCAAAAUUUCUACCGCUGACGAAGUGGCUCGUCGCUAUAUGCAAGUAUAUAAAAUAGCAGACCUUCGUUCAUGUCAACAGAUAUCUGUUCAGUGUCCAAAUAUUUUUCUUUUCUCUCUGAAUACAUUCGAUGAACUUGUUAAAGCAGUUAAAAAUCCAGAUUUUAAAAUUGGAAGUACCUUUGCUACUGUUUAUUUGCGUGCUGAUUGUAGUUAUUUUGAAGAUUUACCACCAUAA